AUGUUGCUGGAAUAUAUUUGGCUAUCUCUAGUUAUUGAUUGCAACUUACUUUUCAAACAAUAUCUUUAAACGUGACAUUAAAUAGGCUUAGUGAUUGCUUUUAAGAUAACAGUUGACCACCUACUGUAUUUAUUUUAGCUAUAUUUAAAACUCACAUUUCACACAUUUUGAUGUCAGAAUUACGAUGCUACUGUAACUUUCUUAUCGUGGUAGGACCAGUUGGAAUUUACAGAUUUGCUUGAUAUGUCUCAAGAAAAAAUAAAAAUGGAAAAAAUUUGGACAGCUAUUGUAAUAACUUGCUCUGAUCAAGAAUCUGCUCACGCAUUCAAAUUAGAAAUCGAACUUCGUCAAAGGAAGCUGCUUAUUCAUCCUGAAACAUUGAUAUUAUGUGUUGUUGAUCCUAAGCCCAACAUUGGCAGUGGUGGUGCCACACUUAAUGCAGUUUUGCAUGUAACUGAACACAUAUCUGCUUUACAAGGUUAUACGGUUAUAUCCUCAGAUGUUUUGCAGAACAAGCGAAUCCUUAUUCUUCACAUGGGGACAACAACACCAUAUUCUGCAUGCUCACCUGGCUUUUUGCCUUUACCUGCAUUCAUUGAAAAUGUUGGUUCAAUUGGAUCACAAUACUCCGGAUUGGCUACGCAAUUUGACGUGUUAUUGCAAAUGACAAUUAACGUUCUGGCUAAAGACUCACCUUAUGGAUUUUGGGUUUGUAGUUGUGAUCGUCUGAUUACAAUUUCAUCUGACACAAAAGUUGAUUGGUCUACAGAGGAAUCUGCAGUGUACUUAUUUGGAGUACCGGUUGAAAUUCCAUUUGCUGCAAAUCAACAUGGCGUUAUCAAGAUUGGUGAGAAGAAUGCAGUUGAAGAUAUCAUCUACAAGGGUUCUGCAGAAACAAUUUCUCAUUGUAAAUUAGAAGAUGGAAACGUCCCAGCUGUUUCUGGUCUAGUCUUCUUUAAAACAAAUGUAGCGGAUGCCUUGUUGAACAUCAGUGUAUCUCCACCAUUAGAUAUUUGUACGUAUCUUGGCCUGGAUGCUGGAUCACGACCAUCUCAAUUUCGACCACUUGCUUCAGAUGUAGAGCAUGUGUACCGAGACAAGUCAGACAUAGUGCUUUCAUUGUUCUUUGACGUUCUACUAUGUAUGGCUUCAAACAUUGAAAAGAAAGAUUACGUAGGAGGAGAGCGAAGUGGUGUUUAUGGAACUGUACAUUUUCCUGACAUGGAUAGAAUUGAUGCUAGUUUAAGAGUGAAUGCAAGACAAGUAUUGUGGGAAACUCUAAGUGGAAUAUCAAUGAAAGCUGAGUUGUUGCACAACAGCGAAUUUCAUUAUCUCUCUCAUGAUCCUAGCCGCAUUCACCAACUGCUUCUAAACUGUCCAUAUAAAGAUCCAUUGGAGACAUCAUUUGCGUCAAUAAAAUUUCGCAAAAGAGCAUCAUCGCUUUCUCUGACAGAAGAUAUUAAAAAUGAAAAGAACAUAGUGGCUGUCAAUACUAUGGUUAAGGGUGCAACUGUUGGUGAUAACUGUGUCUUACUGCAUUCAUAUAUUGAGGGUGAUGUUAAUAUUGGCAGCAAUUCCUUGAUAGUUAACAUCCAACCAAGUGAUUUAGAGCCCCUGCAAAAUAAAAUCUAUCUACCAGAUGACAUAGUAUUUGAAUCUCUACAUUUGAAAAUGGAAAGCGAAACUGGCACAGUUAACACUCGCAUCCUGUUAAUGUUUGGCAUACAUGAUCGUCUUCAGAAACCUUUUUCAAUGCCAGAGAGCACAGUAUUUAAUGUACCAUGGGAAACCUUUUUCGCUCGAACUACUAUUCAGCCUGCAGAACUAUGGUCACCAGAGUUACCUCUAUCAAAGAGAUGUUUUUUGAAUGCGCGAUUAUUUCCAGUCUACCACCCAAGAGAUAAAGUUAAUGUUCUUCAUUUUCUCUGGAUGCAUGGUUCAUAUAAAGACAAAAUGUUUCCUAGCAUUUGGCGAUCUUGUUGGCGUUUGUCUCUCCUGGAAAUAUUGGAUUUGACAAAUCCUGAGGAAGAAUUUGCAUGGAGAAGACAAUUAUUUUUUAACAUUGGUCAAAGAAAAGUUGAAAAGUCACUUCACAACAGAAAAGAUAAUUGUUUCAUGCCGUUCUUUCAAACCUGUAUUAUGGAUGGAUAUUUUGAAGAUUUGCUAACUGUGCUAGACAAUAUUAUCAUGAGAAACUCGAAUCACCCUGCCAUUAUUUCUCGUACGUUUGCAUGCAUUGCUGAUGUGUUGGGUGCAAAGGCAAACGGGCAAGGUGGAUUAAGAAGUGGUCCAGCUGCGAACUAUUCUUGGAAGAAAGGUCUGGAUAUGAUCAGGAAUGAAAGGAUACAGGAUGCUGUCCAAUUUAUGGCAAAUCAAAGGAAGUUGUGGUUUAUAAGUGCUGAUUUACUAGUACGUGCUGCAAGACAUUAUGAAGGUGCGUUUCAAAUUCAAGUUCGCAAGGCUGUUGCAACAGCAAGACAGUUUAUAAAACUAACCAGAGGCGAGCCUGUGGCAUUAAACACGUGGGUUACUGCAGAAGCACCAGCUCGUUGUGAUAUAGCCGGGACUUGGAGCGACACCCCGCCUAUAUGUUAUGAACAUUCAGGAGCUGUUGUAACAAUUGCGAUUAAUGUUGAUAGCAAGAAACCAAUUGGGUGUAGGGUGCAACGAAUUCCAGAAUACAAAAUUGUUUUGAUUUUGGGCAAGGAGAAUCCUAUCAAGAUAGUAUGUACAGAGUUCUCAGAUCUGUUGAAUUAUUCUCAACCAAACACGCCAGGUGCUUUACUGAAGGCAGCCUUCUUUUGUUCUGAGCUUCUUCCAUUAACACAACACAGAAAUUUAGCUAAAUAUUUGAAAGACAAACAUAGCAGCGGUUUUGUCUUACAGACUUGGUCCAAUCUUCCUCAUGGCUCAGGGUUAGGUACAAGCAGUAUUUUAGCAGGCAGUGUCUUGUCUGCGCUGUGGACAGCUGCUGGUAUGAAGCAUGAUGUUAGCUCUGUAUUACAUGCGGUAUUAGAUUUGGAACAGAUGUUAACAACUGGCGGUGGGUGGCAGGAUCAGGUUGGAGGUUUGUGUCCUGGCAUUAAAAUAGGAAGUUCGAAGAAUCAACUACCACUGCAUAUUAAAACGGAGCAGAUCCAAGUGCCAGAUGGAUUUAAAGAAACGCUUGAAAAUCAUUUACUUGUUGUGUUUACAGGUAAAACAAGACUUGCCAGGAACAUGUUACAGGAUGUGUUGCGCAACUGGAACGCUCGCUUCCCUGAAAUUGUUGAAACAGCAAGUGAAUUGGUGAAAAAUGCUGAAAAUGCUAAAAAAGCUCUUGAAGAGGGUAAGUUGGAACUUAUUGGUCAAUAUCUGAACGAAUGUUGGCGACACAAGAAGUCCAUGGCUCAUGGUUGUGAACCGAGUGUAUGUAGAGCUAUAAUGGAUCAAUUGGAACCACUUGUCCAUGGACAAUGUUUGGCUGGAGCGGGUGGCGGUGGCUUCAUGUACGUCAUUACCAAAGACGAAUUUGCGAUGGAUAAAAUAAAAGCUGAGAUUGAGAAAGUUGAGAUGGCAACAAAAGCAAGUGUCCAUUAUGCUCAAAUUGAUCGAGAAGGACUUGUUGUGAAGAUUGCUGAUCAUACGAACAAUGACUCGUAUUAAAACCAAGUUUGAUACUUUACUUUCGCACAUAGAAUUCAAUUUUCGAUGUGUCUAAAAGAUCUGAAAAUUCUGGCAGAGGUUGAUUUUACUGUUGGAUAAUAAGGCUACUAAUUUCUGUUUUGUUUAUUCGUUUUGGGACAAAAUGUAGGUAUAUUCAGUAAAAAAUUUUUUGAAAUGUUUCAGGAUUAAACUUUUGAGGAUUUAAUAGGAAAAGGUUCAAAAAAUUUAAUAUGAUAGACAACGGGUAUGCAAACAAAAGCAUGCCAAUUGAAAGUGAUUUUAAAAUAAUCUCACCACCUAUUGGUAAUCCUUAAAAAAAAUCAAAAUUUUCUUUGCCGGCAAUCUUUCUUCAUUGAACUUGAUUUCUGACCACCUGCCGCAUUAACGUUGACCGAAUUAGAUACUGCAGGAAAGCAAAUCCACUAUGCCUUUUUAUAUUUAAAUCGAGUCGUCGUGAUUUCGGCUAAUAGCUUGCGUGUCAGUGUUUAAGCCUUGUUCUAACGCAUAUAUUGGUAAGCGUGUAAGGAUUACUAUGAACCUUUUUUUUAUAGUUUCACUCUUUAAUACUCCCUCAAAUAUAAUGAGAGAUAUUUCGUUUCAGAAAUAAGUUUUCAGAUCGCUUUUUGUAUUGAAUGUUUCGACGUAGCAGUAACUGUUCACUGUAAGUUUUUAUAUUUAUGUUUUAGAAUUUAUUAUUUUCUUAUUAUUAUUAUCAUGCAUGAAUUUAUUUUAUUUUUGGUCCUUUGAGCGUUUUUUUUGAGUAAGAAUUGUAGGAUAUACUAUAUAGUAAAAAGAAUUAGAGAAUGUUUUGUUUUUUUGUAUAUAAUGUUGGUAGAAAAAAAAGGAAAACUUUGAGCCAGCAUAAGAUAACCCUUUUUUAUGGAUUUUCCACUGUUUUAUAGGUCAGUUUACAAAGGCCUGAUUUUCAACGAUUUGCAUUACGUGUGUAGUUAAAAUAGUUGUGUUGAUCAUGUUUAUUUAAACUCAGUUUUUAGUAGGCUCGUUGAGCAUAUUUUUUAUUAUUUUUUUUGUAUUUGUUAGGAGGGAAAUGAGGGCUGUGUGUGUGUGUGUGGGGG